UGUCCAAACAUAAGACACCAUCCUUGGUGGAGUCACUCAGAAGUUAUUGCAAGUUGCAACACUGUGGUGAACUUAGGACUUUCUUGGAAGACACGAAAAUACUAAGAUUUGUAUGAUUGACAACCUUCAGGAGCCAGUAUUCACUAGCCAUGGCUGCUCCCAGGAUAUUUUCUCUGCUCUCUGCUUCUUCCACUGCUGCUUCUUUACGUUCUUUUGGUCGGUAUUCUAGAUGGGGUAGAGGCAGUAGCCGGUUUAGCACAGCUGUUGCAACUGAGGAGGAACCGAUAACUCCACCAGUUCAAAUAGAUUAUACUCAGCUCCUCAUCAAUGGAAGAUUCGUUGAUGCGGCAUCAGGGAAAACCUUUCCAACUUUUGAUCCAAGAACAGGGGAUGUGAUUGCUCAUGUUGCUGAAGGUGAGGCUGAAGAUAUAAACAGGGCAGUCUCUGCUGCUCGCAAAGCAUUUGAUGAGGGACCAUGGCCAAAGAUGACCCCUUAUGAAAGAUCAUGCAUACUUUUCCGCUUUGCUGAUUUGCUUGAAAAGCACUGUAGUGAAAUUGCAGCCCUUGAAUCAUGGGAUAAUGGAAAGCCUUAUGAACAAGCUGCAAAUGUUGAAAUACCAAUGGUGAUUCGCGUAUUUCGAUAUUAUGCUGGCUGGGCAGAUAAGAUUCAUGGUCUCACAGUUCCUGCUGAUGGGCUGCACCAUGUCCAAACCCUACAUGAACCCAUUGGUGUUGCAGGGCAGAUUAUUCCUUGGAACUUUCCUCUAUUAUUGUACGGUUGGAAGGUUGGGCCCGCAUUAGCAUGUGGUAACACUAUUGUAUUAAAGACUGCAGAGCAGACACCAUUAUCUGCCCUCUAUGCGUCCAAGCUAUUAUAUGAGGCUGGACUCCCUCCUGGUGUUUUAAAUGUGGUUUCCGGAUUUGGUCCUACAGCUGGGGCUGCUCUUUCUAGUCAUAUGGAUGUGGACAAGCUUGCUUUCACAGGGUCAACUGGCACUGGUAAGAUUGUACUUGGAAUGGCUGCAAAGAGCAAUCUUAAGCCAGUGACUUUAGAACUUGGAGGAAAAUCUCCCUUCAUUGUGUGUGAGGAUGCUGAUGUUGAUAAGGCUGUUGAGCUUUCACACACUGCUCUGUUCUAUAAUCAGGGACAGUCUUGCUGUUCUGGGUCACGCACAUUUGUACACGAAAGCAUAUAUGAUGAGUUUAUAGAGAAAGCAAAGGCACGUGCUCUGAAACGUGUAGUUGGUGAUCCUUUCAAGAAGGGGGUUGAACAAGGACCUCAGAUUGAUUCUCAGCAAUUCAACAAGAUCCUUGGUUACAUAAAAUCUGGUAUUGAAGCUGGUGCAACUCUUGAAGCUGGAGGUGAAAAAUUCAGCUCCAAAGGCUACUAUAUUCAACCCACUGUCUUCUCAAAUGUCCAUGAUAAUAUGUUGAUAGCAAAAGAAGAGAUCUUUGGCCCAGUGCAGUCCAUCUUGAAAUUCAAGGAUCUUGAUGAGGUGAUCCGAAGGGCAAACGCUACUCACUAUGGGCUGGCUGCUGGAAUUUUCACUCAGAAUCUAGACACUGCCAAUACUUUGACUCGAGCUUUGAGAGUUGGGACAGUAUGGAUUAACUGCUUUUUUGUCUUUGAUGCUGCAAUUCCUUUUGGUGGGAGGAAGAUGAGUGGGCAUGGCAGAGAAAAGGGAAUUUAUGGCCUUAGUAACUACAUGCAAGUUAAGGCUGUUGUUACGCCUUUGAAAAAUCCGGCUUGGUUAUAAGUUUCUAGCUGUAGUUUUCAUGUACCAUUUUCAAUUAUGAGCAGUAAACAGAACCUAUCAUUGAGUUUAAGAACAGAGAUUACUAGUCUCCUAGUAUUGGAAUUAGCCCACCAUCAUGAAAUAAGUUACUUGCCUUUCCA